ACUUAUAUCAAUUGUCUGACCGGAUUAGGAGGACAGCGACGGGGGCUGGCCUUACGCCUGUCUACAUAAUCGCGAUUACAGUGGUCCCGGCGAUAUGGCGGGCCACGGGGAUCAACGUGACUAUGGAGGGAGCAGCCAUGACCACGGAUGGAGUGGCCGCGACCAGGGUGGUAGCGAACGCGAAUAUGGAGGAAGACAUCGAGGUUAUGACAGUGACAGGGGUUAUGGUAGUGAUCGUGGCCUUAUUGGCGAGAGACAGGGCGAUCGGCAGUAUGAUCGCGGACCACGACGGGGACCCCCUACCUGUUUUAACUGCGGGGAACCAAUGCACUAUGCUAAUCAGUGCCCUCACCCUCAGAAGAAUUUGAAAUUUGGCAGAGGGAGUGCAGGUGACUUUGGGGAAUCAAGUUCACUCAGUGGACCGGACCGCCCGAAGCGUCCACAACAGGGAGACGAAUUGGAAUCUAAAGUCACGGAGAUCGGGAGGAGUGUGGCAGUUGUCUGUCAAUAUGUCGAGAUGGAGCAACAAAAGAAAAUAGCUAAGGAGCGGAGGAAAGCUGAGAAGAAGGAAGCUGUAAGGCGUGCAGCUGCUGAACGGGCCAAAGUCGAACUCAAGAAAAAGAAGAAGGAAGCGAAGGCGCUCAAGGAUGCAGAACAGAAGGAGGAGAUGCGCAAGUGCCUGGACAUUAGAAUGGCGUUGCGUGUAGGUGAGCUUCGUGAUGAGGUGAGAGAAGACGUCCGUGACGCGAUUGGGUGGCUGUGUACGGUAGUGGCGCGGGGUAAACAAAAGGUUGCCCCAUCAGGUUCUCCUGCUAACAGCGCUAGCAGCAGCGAUACUGAGGAGUUGAACUUACAGACACGCGAUCUGUGCCGUACUGAGAAGAGGAAACGGGGACCAGAAGUUUACUUGAGGAUAGUCCCCCGAUGGAACUACCUCCCAAACAUACACCUCGUCGGGCUCGUGGACAGGGCCACGAGAUGCGUAGAAUGAUGAAAGCGAGGGCCACAGCGAAGACACCGACUCCGAAGAAGACUCCGCCCUAUAUCCGGAAGAAGACUCCGGCGGCCAUCAGUGUAGUCGGGAGACUGAGAUUCGAGAAGAAAGUAAUGAAUGACUUGAAGAAUU